AUGGCCUCCAGGAUGGUGUCUACCUUGCUAUCUGGCCUACUCUUUUGGCUGGCAUUUGGAUGGACUCCGGCAUUUGCUUACAGCUCACGGACCCCUGACCGGGUCUCAGAAGCAGAUAUCCAGAGGUUACUCCAUGGCGUUAUGGAGCAGUUGGGCAUUGCCAGGCCACGGGUGGAAUAUCCAGCUCACCAGGCCAUGAAUCUUGUGGGCCCACAAAGCAUCGAAGGUGGAGCACAUGAAGGUCUGCAGCAUUUGGGUCCUUUUGGCAACAUCCCCAACAUCGUAGCAGAAUUGACUGGUGAUAACAUUCCUAAGGACUUUAGUGAGGAUCAAGGCUACCCAGACCCUCCAAAUCCCUGUCCCGUUGGAAAAACAGUAGAUGAUGGAUGUCUAGAAAACACCCCAGACACAGCAGAGUUCAGUCGAGAGUUCCAGUUGCACCAGCACCUUUUUGAUCCGGAACAUGACUAUCCAGGCUUAGGCAAGUGGAACAAGAAACUCCUUUAUAAGAAGAUGAAGGAAGGACAAAGACGAAGGCGGAGGAGUGUCAAUCCAUAUCUACAAGGACAGAGACUAGACAAUGUUGUUGCAAAGAAGUCUGUCCCCCAUUUUUCAGAUGAGGAUAAGGACCCAGAGUAA